CAACAGUAUUCAGGAGCUGCCAAACCAUUUACCAAUUUCUUGACUCGGACUCGCGAAACGAUAUUUUCUUUGUCCUAGGUUGGAUUUCGCGAUCUCCCGUGUCUGCGGCUACUUUCAGAAUGGGUGCUGACGACAGCACUGAGAGCCGCAAGCGCAGUCGUGCCACACCAGCGAAACCAGACCAUAGUGUCCCAUCGAGCUUCAAGAAACGGAAGCUAGACGCCAAUGGCAACCCUAUUGUCGCCUCCUCUCCGACAACACCCAAGACUACUUCCGGAGCCAAUUCUUCUGCUGCAAAGAAGUCCGCUCGGAAUAAAAUCACAUCUUCGCCCGUCUCGGCCUACGAUGUGCCAGACUCCCCCGAAGACAACCCGCCACGGCGAAUCCGCAACGUCAGGAGCGUUGACCGACCGACUGCCAAGGUUCCGAUCCCGCCUCGCCGCAAUGUCAACGAUGACAUUUACGAUAUUCCCCUCUCCGACGACGAGUUACAUUCGAGCCCGAAGGAGGUGAAUUCGCAGAGGACAAACCCUACGAAGAGAAAGAGCAGCCUCGUGGUCGUUGAAGAUGUGGGCGAGGUCAACGGAGGGGAGACAGUCGAGAAGCCCUUUCCUCGGAAAGGCAAGAUCAACAAAGUGAUGGGCCAGGAUGAGAAGGUUGCUUCGACGGAAGAGUCAUCCUCGCAGAUACGAGCCAGCGGACGACGCAGAACUCUGACUGCGAAAGCCCUUGAGCAUGUGGAAAAGGUUGCGAGCCGCUCUGCUACUCCGACUUCUCACGCGAGAUCUUCCGCCGCAGUGGAUGAAGUCCCGAAAUCCAAGAAGACCACGGGGAAGGUGAAUCGCAAUGUGUCUAUGCCACUAAAAGGCAUCUUGACGCCGUCCAAGCGGGACGGUACGCCGAGAAGAAGUAAGAGCGUAGCCUUCGACUCCACGAGCGCUUUGGCUCAAGAGGAGGUGUUCUUCGAAGAUCUCCCGACCAAGUCGGCGACCAAGUCUGGGAGAAGCCGGAAAUCAUCACAAAAAGUGGUCGAAGCUAAAACAAUAGUGGCGAAGACCGCGAAGUCACGGAAAGUGCCCCCAAAAGUCAUUGAUGAGGAGCCACAGGAGGAGGAAGAGGCGGAAUCAGAAGUUGAGCCACAAGAAGCAGAAGAACCGGUAGCAGAAGCGUCAGAGGGAGAAGAAGAGGAAGAAGAAGAGGAAGACGAGGACGUUUGUUCGAUAUGCACAAAGCCCGAUUCCAAGCCUGGAAACAGAAUCCUGUUCUGUGAUGGCUGCGAUAAGGCGUUCCAUCAGAAAUGCUACAAGGUCCCAAAGGUUCCCCGGGGAGACUGGUUCUGCAACGACUGUGUAGGGCAGAAGCAGUCGCGCGCGGUGGCCGCAGAUGAGGCGGUGAAGACUCCCAAUUUCGCGCAACAUCUGAGCAAUCUGCAAAGAGUGCUAUUAGACCGGUGUACGGGUCGCCGUCGUAUCAAGCUGAUUGACCAGGAUGAUGCCUACGACAAGGCGCAUCAGCUGGUAGAGCAGACGGUACUGGCUGGGGAGGGCAAUUCCAUGCUCGUAAUAGGGGCUCGGGGUUGCGGCAAGACCAUGCUCAUCGAGAGCAUAGUCGACGACCUGUCUUUGCAGCAUAAGAAGGAAUUCCACGUUGUAAGACUAAACGGGUUCAUUCACACCGACGACAAGCUCGCUCUCAAGGAGAUUUGGCGGCAACUGGGCAAAGAGAUGGAGGCGGAGGACGAGGCCAACGCUCGGUCAAAUUAUGCCGAUACAAUGGCUUCGCUACUUGCGCUGCUAUCUCACCCGUCAGAAAUGGCACAGGCGGAGGAGGGCGUGACCUCGCAAGCAGUUGUCUUCGUCAUUGAUGAGUUUGACAUGUUUGCAGCACAUCCCCGCCAAACGCUGCUUUACAAUCUGUUUGAUAUUGCACAGGCAAGAAAAGCCCCUAUUGCAGUGCUGGGUUGCACGACUCGGAUGGACGUAGUAGAAACGCUGGAAAAGCGCGUCAAGAGUCGUUUCGGCCACCGCUACGUCUACUUGUCUCUCCCAAAGAGUUUGCCUGCGUACUGGAAAGUAUGCAAGCAGGGCCUCUGCGUGGACGACGAGGACAUGGACGUUGAGGGCAUCGACGUCAGUGUGGACGGGCACGAAGCUUUCCACGCAAAUUGGAAGGCUAUGAUUGAGGUUCUAUACAAAGAAAAGGCAUUCCAAAGUCUUUUGCAAUACCACUACGCGACAACGAAAUCCGUCUCGGCGUUCCUAUCAGCGUGUAUUCUUCCCCUUUCCGCGCUCUCGCCUACAUCGCUAGACCUCGUCAUCCCACCAACGCCAAGCGGUGCAGUCGUCUCCCUCACACCGCCAAACUCCAAGCUUCACCUUUUAUCGUCGCUCUCGGAGCUUGACCUGGGCCUUCUCAUCGCAGCAGCGCGACUCGACAUUGUCGCACACACGGACACGGUCAACUUUGCGAUGGCGUACGACGAGUACGGCUCGCUGAUGGGUCGGCAGCGCGUGCAGUCGGCCAGUUCGGGCCUGCUGGCCCUGGGCGGCGGCGUGCGGGUGUGGGGCCGCGGUGUGGCUGGUCUUGCGUGGGAGAGGCUCGUUGCCCUGGGGCUGCUGGUGCCGGCGGGUCUCGGGACGGGUCGGGCUUCGGGGUACGGCGGGUUGGAGGGGAAGAUGUGGAAGGUGGAUAUGGCGCUGGAGGAGAUUCCGGCGGGGUUGAAGUUGAAUAACGUGUUGGCGCGGUGGUGUAAGGAGAUUUGA